AUGUCAUCCCGCAAAGUCCGAGUCAAGAAGUUGACUAUCAAAACCGCUCUCCCUGUGCUCAGAGAGGAUCAGAUCGAUGCUACAGAAUAUGAAUCACUGCUUACCGAGUCGCAAAUCGCGACCGGAGUCGACCAGACCGAGGAAAAUGAAUACCAUCUUCAGUCCAUUCUAAAAGAGGCGGGAACAAGCAAUGAUCAAGAAAUCCCAGUUCCGCCUCCCAAAGAGAGUGACAUCAGCUAUGAUGCCCUCUAUCCCGUCAUUUUCCACAAACCUUCCUCUUAUAUCCGAUUCUCUCAGACAGUGGAGGAAUGUAUUAGCUGUCAUUAUGACAUGACAACCGAAGACGAUGAAUUUCUCAAAUCUUAUAAUAGUAAUCCGCCCGCCGGCGCCGGGGCUCUCAGUGAGGAUGACUUUGAACGCAUCAUGGAAGUGUUUGAGGACACCGCAACCGAGCAGACUCCCUUCGCAGCCGUUGACAACACUGUUGUCGGCUACGACAUGAUGGUUCCCGGACUCAAUCAGCUUGGCUCUACAAACAUAUUGCUGCACGCCAAGCAGAUAUACGAGUACUGGAAAUCCAAGCGACAGGAGGAAGGAAAUAAACCACUCCACGCAACCAUCAAGUUUGAGACGCAUCAGGAGACUGAUGAUACUGACCCAUACGUCUGCUUCAGGCGGCGGGAGGUCAGACAAACAAGGAAAACAAGGUCCAGAGAUACCAAGAUUGCCGAGACGCUCAAGCGUUUCCGUCGCGAGCUCGAGGAUGGCCGUCAUCUAGUAUUGAUGGCAUACGAGCGAGAGAUGAUGAAACGAGAUCUAUUGCAAGUGGAUCGGGCUAUUUUCGAGGAAAGAGCUCGGUUGAAGCAAAUCAAGACAAAGAUGGGCAUCAAGGGCGACGACGAAGACCUCGUAAACCAAAAGGUAUGUUGCAAAUCAAGGCCAGCUGGGCUCCCUACACAUAUGAUGCCACUUGACACUAACAUGACUCAGCCGUCGCAGAAGCGCAAGCCUGCAGAAGUUGCGGGAGCUCAGCGACCAGCCACUCAAGUGCGGGUGCCGGUGCGGCCAGAUGGGCGUUCGCACGAACAAGACCUUGUGUUGCUUUCUGACCAGCUCGCCGAGAAGGAGAACGAGCUUCGUAAUGAGAUUGAAACUAAGGUGCAGAAUCACCGAAGGUGGAAUCAGAAUCAUAUCGAUCUCACUCGAGAUCCGCUAUCGCCGGUAAAAGAACUGGGCAUGGAGCUCAAGUUCAGACCGGCAAAGACUCAAUAUCUAAUGACGCCGCCGGCGUCAAAUUCUGCAGAGUCAAUGGACAUUGACGACGCACCUGAGCCAAUGCAAUUGGACAAACCGGAACUUCCCGUAUUCCAAUUCCGCGGCGCAGACUUUGGCGAGACACCGCAAAACAGCCAGCCCGCCUUCAGACGUCGCAUUGGCCGACUGCAAAGGCUCUGGAUCGAUCGGAGGGGUCUCUCAACACCCGCACGGACAGAUACAUACGAGUACUCUGACCGGUGGAAAUACGACUCUGACGACGAAGAUGACGAGCCGCUUGUGUAUGAGGUUGACCCCUUUGACACGCGAGCGCUAAAGUUCAGAGCCACAAUCCCACUCAGCCCAUACAUCUUCCGAGGAAGGCCAACGGUCCCUCCAGAGGCGGUUAAUGGCGUAGCGAAUGGAAAUAGGGUGUUACCACCACCACCACAAGCGCAGCCACAGCCGCCGCCGCCGCAACCUGCAGUUCAGCAAGCGCAGGCGGCAUCAUAA